AUGGAUGGGAUUGUAAAGUCUAAAAUUCCUCAUGAACGCUCCCUCAUUACUCUCUUCAAAUCAUCACCUUCUUCUUCUUCAUUAUCUUCAUCCACCACCUCCUCUUCUUCUUCUUCUUCUUGGACCCAAGUCCUUCAUUCCUUGUCUCCGGUUCAGACCGGAUCAAAAGUUCGGCAUGAAGGUGAUCCUAACAGUACAACAAACUUGAGUUCAGAUCAAACAAGUUCUCAGAUAAUUGAAAAUGAAACAACUCAAGGAGUUGGGUUCAUCAAUGGCAUUGUUGGUCAAAGUGGAAUGGAGUGGAGGGAUGUGGAGAGACGGUUCGACCUAGUGGCCCGAACCGGAAGUGGCACUGAACCGGUUGUGACAUGGCCCGAAUUUGGCUUCUGCAUUGGGAUGCAAUCGUCACCAGAGUUUGCCAACGAAUUACUCAGUGCACUGAGAGGCGGCGAGGGUUGGAAAUCCAAAAUCACCAAAACUGAUUUGUACAAUCUUUGGUUUCGGAUGAAGGAUAAUUCUUUUAACUCAAGAAUGAGAAUCUUCUUUGACAUGUGUAACAGAAACAAGGAUGGAAGAAUUACCGAGACAGAUAUAAAGCAGACAAUUUUAUUAACUGCUUCUACAAAUAAGUUAUCCGUGACACAUGAUGAAGCAGAGAACUAUGCUUCUUUGAUCAUGGAAUCUCUCGACAAGAAAAACAAGGGCUACAUUGAGAUAUCUCAAAUGGAGUCUCUAUUCAAGGCAACUCUGUCAAAGGCACACUCUCCAAUGAAACAAGUAUCAGCAACAACAGGAAGCACCCAGAAUGUUCAUACCGCUAGUGGUGACUUUUGUGAACAACAUGAACCAAUGUCAAGGACAGAAGUGCUGUUCAGAACCUAUUGGCGACGUGCUUGGGUUAUUCUACUUUGGCUUCUUGCAUGUUUGGGGUUAUUUGUGUGGAAGUUUGUUCAGUACCGCCAUAGAUCAGGUUUUGAAGUAAUGGGUUAUUGCCUUCCCACGGCUAAAGGUGCAGCUGAGACCUUAAAACUCAACAUGGCUCUCGUUCUUCUCCCUGUUUGUAGAAACACCAUCACAUGGCUCCGCAAGCACCGUCCGAUCAACUCUGUCAUUCCGUUUAACGACAACAUUAAUUUCCACAAGGCUAUUGCAGCAGGAAUAGUGGUAGGAGUGAUAUUGCACGGAGGGACACACCUUGCGUGUGAUUUCCCAAGAAUUAGUGCGUCAGACAGAUCAAUAUUCCGGCAAACAAUUGCCGCAGGAUUUGGGUACCACCGACCGACGUAUGCACAAAUUUUGGCCACGACGGAGGUGACAAGUGGGAUAGCCAUGGUGGUGUUAAUGGGAGUUGCAUUUUCACUAGCCACCAAGUGGCCAAGGCGUCGCUCACCUGUGCUACCCGUGUCCCUCCGUCGUGUCACUGGGUACAACACCUUUUGGUAUUCUCACCAUUUGUUUGUCCUUGUCUACGCCCUCCUCAUUAUUCACUCCAUGUUCUUGUUCCUAACCGACAAGUUGAUGGAGAAAACGACGUGGGUGUACAUUGCUUUUCCAGUUUUGUUGUACACUGGAGAGAGGAUCUUCAGAGCCUUUAGAUCUGGAUCUUACGAAGUUGAUAUUUUGAAGGCCAGUCUAUAUCCAGGAAAAGUUCUGUACAUCAAAAUGCAAAAACCAGAAGGUUUCAAGUUCCACAGUGGCAUGUAUAUAUUCCUUCAGUGCCCUCAAAUUUCGCCUUUUGAAUGGCAUCCAUUUUCCUUGACUUCAGGGCCACAAGAUGACUACCUCAGUGUGCACAUUAGAACACUUGGAGACUGGAGCUACCAAAUAUAUGAUCUAUUCCAAGAGGCUGUGUUAUCUCGAUCACAGGGAUGUCCAAAACUGUACAUAGAUGGCCCUUAUGGUUCUGCUGCUCAAGACCAUGUAAAGUAUGACAUUCUGGUACUAAUUGGUCUUGGCAUAGGAGCCACACCUUUCAUUAGCAUCCUUAAAGAUGUAGUUAAAUGUGUCCAGACAACGCAAAUUGAUCAUAGUGGUCUCAGAAAAUGCAGCUUACCAAAGGGUCCAUUAAAAGCAUAUCUUUAUUGGGUUACAAGAGAGCCAAACUCUUUUGACUGGUUUAGAGAUGUCAUGAAGGAAAUCUCAAAUUCAACCAAAAAGCAGUCCGUUGUGGAGAUGCACAAUUUCCUGACCAGUGUACAUCCAGAAGGAGAUAUUCGUUCAGCUUUGCUAAGUGUCAUUCAGGCCUUGCAUCUUGCCAAGAAUGGCACUGACAUAAUUUCCAGGACUCCAAUACACACACAUUUUGCUCGACCAAAUUGGUUCAACAUAUUUUCUAGAUUGGCUCGCAAGCAUGGAGGAGCCAAGAUUGGGGUUUUCUAUUGUGGUCCAUCUAAAUUAGCAAGAGAAUUGACGGAGUUGUGCACCAAAUUUUCCACCAAAACCACAACUAGAUUUGUUUUCCACAAGGAAAAUUAUUAA